AUGGGGACGUGCAUCUGUAACGAGCACUACGACCCAGAGUCCAACUGCAAACUUGACCUUCGCGAUCCUCCAACCAUCGUAGAUGCCACUGGUGAUGGAAACUGUAACCCUAGAGACAAGGCCUGUCACUACAUCCGGUUUACAACACGAGACGGAUGCAGUAAUAGAACUGUCUGUUCCAUUACCCUCAAACAGUACAAGAUAGAUGGAUCAUCGACCGAAUCCGUUGUUACAACGGUACCCGCCAACUGUCCUAACAACUUUGACGCCUAUUGUCCAACCACUGUGCAAAGCAGAAAAAGACGAGAGGCCGUCGAUGAAAUCAUCGCAGAAUCGUAUAAUGUGUCCCUUAGCAACGACAACUCCUCGUUCAGUCAACCUGAAACGGUUACAGUGUUGGAUACCACUUGCGUAAAAAUUGAGAAUGGAGCUGCAGUGAUUAUGGAUGGCUACUGUCUAAUCGAAAACGUUUGCCACGGUAACUUCACAGACUUGGACGAGUGUCAUACAUGCGACCCUACCGUCAAGAGGUUUUCAUGGAUUCUCAAGGAUAAUUACUGCGACAUAGGAGGAGUGUGUUAUCCAUCAGGAAAUGUUUCAACCAUCAGUUGCAUAUCUGAGUGCAACCCAACCUUGGACAAAUACACAUGGUCACAGAGGGACGACGUCUGCAGCAUUGAUGGGCAGUGUUUCAACGACGGGGACACCAACACGUCCCCAGAGGAAUGCCUCUACUGUGAUCGGGUCAAGGAUCAGUUCUCGUGGUCACAGGAGGGUGGGUUUUGCUACAUAGCUGGUGUUUGCUACGCCGACGCCGCAGUGAAUCCCACAGAUGCUUGUCGGUAUUGUAACGUUUCCGUAGAUACGGCAACUUGGCAACAGAAUGUGAACGACUCAGCUUGUGAACUCGAACAAGAAGAAAAGGAUGAUAAUAGCGUGGUUAUUGGUGUCGGGGCGGCACUAGGAACCGGAGCUGCCGUAGCACUGGCUAUCGCGAUUGGGUUCUACAUUUACAAGAAAAUGCAUGUCUCAAAAGUUGUGGCCGCUAGGACCACGGGUACGUUGUUCGAUACCUCGAAGAACAAGCACUUCAAGUUCCGAGUGGAACCGAUGAGGACAGACCCGGUAGAGCAAUUACCCAUGUCGGACUACAACAUGCCGUCCACUAGUGUGGACCUUAACAGCGCAAGAGUCCCGGACAAUCUGUACAACUGAUAUCAGUGUAGGGACGGUCUCGUUUUGAUUUCUGGACUCUAACAACGCAAGAGUCUCGUUACAUCUGUUGAAAUAAAUAGCUGUGCAAAAAAUACAUUUUGCGGUUAUGGGCGGCUAUUUGAUUUAAAUUGGUGAAAUAUGUGUACAUGAACUGUACAAUACAAAAUUUGAUGUCUACUUUGUGAAAAUUAAACACAUGAAAAAAAUUGAUUAUCCCUAUUUAUAAUAUUUAAUGUGAUAAAUUAUUUUCAAUCUAAGUAAUAGCAAAUAUAAUCAUUAUUUGAAAUGAAUGAUAAUUACUUCCAUAGACGUGUCUGCUAUUUUGUUUGUUUAUUUUGUAUUUAAGAUUGCAAGUCGAGUUUAAGCUCAUUUUAAAUCGUUUUGAAUUCAUUCGUAUAUAUCACUGAUCUGCGUAUUGCAGAAAAUAUGUUUACAACGAAAUUGAACAAUAAGUGUAUUUUACCUUUAUAUUCUUCUUACUGUAAUCUACAUUAUUGCAUUCUGCAUUCCUAAUUUAAGAAGAUUAAAAUUUAACACAAACCACAUUUCCAGAUUAACAGAUUAUUUCAAGUUUAUAGAUAGUAUAAGCUGAAAUAUUACAGAGAGCAGAAAUAUUAUGUUUUGUCAUGUUCUUUGCAAAAUUACAAAAUUUGUUUUAUUUAAUGUAUACUUGUGUUUCCUUAUUGAAUUUAAUAAUACAUUAUUAAUCUUUAUUAACAUGUAUGCCUAUUAAAGUCGAUUAACAAACUAAUAAUAUUACUAAUAAUAUAACGUAUGAAUAAUUACCAAGUACAUACACAUACAUAUUAAUCAACUGUUAUUACCGGUACUAGAUUACCACGCUAAAAAAUUGCAUGCAACUGUGUUGUGGUUUUAUAAUAAAACGAUAUAUCUAAAAGACGCACGCCUCAAGCAAACACGAAUACUAAAAUAUGCCCUUUUUGUAAUAUUGAAACUGUUAUGUAUUGUUUAUCAUGUUAUUAUCUUUAUGUUCAGUUACAAAAACCAGUUAUCACUGUAUAUAUUAUGUUUGACUAUACUUUUACUUUAAUGAUCAUUAACCAAUUACUUCUUAUCUCGUUUGAUUGUCUGUGAUAUAUAUUAAUUUUAUAUCUUUAAUGCUUAAUAAAAUCUAACAAUGGAUG